AUGGGAGGCACAAAUGUGGAGCGUUGUGUGUGUGUGUGUGUGUUUGUGUGUCGGCGCGGCAAUGACGUGGGCUUCGGUCGGCAGGCGCGGUUCUGGAUGCAGGUGAUCGGCGAGCUGCGCAUGGGCGUAAAGCUGAAGAAGGUGAGCCACUCGCGCACGCCCAUCGAGUACGAGUUGACGCCCUACGAGAUCCUCAUGGACGACAUCCGCUCGCGGCGCUACACGCUGCGGAAAGUGGACUCCAGCAUCCCGCACAAUGUCAAGAAAGACGCACACGCGAUGAUUCUCGAAUUUAUAAGAAGUAGACCUCCUCUCAAAAAGGCGUCGGAGCGCCAACUGCCCCCGGCCAAGCGGGAGACCACGCCUCGAGAGCAGCUGCUGCGCUCCAUCCGCCUGGGCCGACCGCUGCGACCUACGCCCCGAGUCAACAUAGAGCGGAGAAAAAGCGAGGCGAAGGUGCGGCGGCGGCGAGUGUCCCCCGCGGGGGGACGCAGCCCCGACGAGCCGCCGCUGGACGUCGCUCAGCACAAGGCCUACUGGGGCAGCGUCGCGCGCGCACGACCCCGCACCGAGGCAAGCGGCAGCGUGAGCGGAGGCGGGUCGGAGGAUAGGCGAGCUGGAAGUGACGUCACGCGACGAACGAGCGGUGACGUCACGCCGCACAAGCAGCCGCAGAGGAGACUCAUCAAAGUUGACUUCGAUAACCUCGAAGACGAUGAAGACGACGAGGAGACGCAGAAGUGCGCGUCUCCCCCGCGGCCUUUGCCCAGGCACUCGGCGCCGCCCAAGCCCUGGAAGAGAACCGAUAGACACGUCUUAAAAGCUAAAGUGUGCACUUUGUCCCGAACGCCGGACGCGGCGCGGCCCGACGCGACCCGAUGCGGCACGGCAGCGUCCCGACCGAGAGUGCCGCCGCGGGCGCGUCUCUCUCACGACGAGUACCACCAGUUCUGCGAUGAGACCCUCGAAUGUACGCCCCACGCUAUCGCAUGA